AGUGAGUGAUUGACUUUAUCAGUCCAAGGACAUCAUCAGCCUGGUAAGGGGGGGAAGUUUGAUCCUCUUUCUCACGGAUCGCAGUCAACGGGAGUUUUUUUUCCCUCCCAGCUCCUUUACAUAGGAUUUUUCCCCUCAUUUUUUGGCUUUUUUAUUUUUUUAUUUCUAGGAUCUUUUUUGCUCAACGUGGUAAAUCUCAGCGCAGUGGUCUGUAGCCCACCGCGCUCCGCUCAAACUGGAUUUUAAUUUGAUCUUCUGCUUCCCACCCGACUCCUGAGCUUGCUUCGAGCUUCAUGACUAUGCUUCUAGAUAGCGGUCCGCAGUUCGCAUCGUUAGGAGUGGGGGGCUUCGGGACGCCACGGCACCACGACAUCGGGAACAGGGACCCGGGUCUGGGACUGAAUCCCUUCUCUGAUUCCUCCCACUCCGCGGCUUUCAAAAUAAGCCCCGUUGCGCACGACAUCGCAUCCAGCCAGACAUCAGCUUUCACUCCGCAGGCGACGGGAUACGCGGCCGCUUUGGGACACUCGCACGGCGGGCAGGUGGGCUCAUAUGGCGGGGGAGCGUUCAACUCGACGCGGGACUUUCUCUUCCGGAACCGGGGCGUCGGGGAGUCCCCAGGUCCGAGUGCCCAGCAUGGGAUCUUUGCAGCCUCGACGGGGAGUCUGCACGGGCCGCCCGGGAUCCCCGACAACCCCGGACAUUUGUUGUUCCCUGGACUUCACGACCAGGGAGUGAGCCACACUUCUCCGAGCGGACACGUUGUAAACAGCCAGAUGCACCUCGGCUUACGCGGGGACAUUUUCGGAAGACCAGACCCGUACCGGCCGGUGGCGAGCCCCCGGACGGACCCGUACGGUGCUCAGCUGCACAACUACAACCACCCGAUCAACAUGAACAUGGGCAUGAACGUGCCGACGCACCACGGUCCGGGGGCCUUCUUCAGAUACAUGCGGCAGCCGAUCAAGCAAGAGCUGUCCUGCAAAUGGAUAGAAGAGAACCAGAUGAAUAGACCCAAAAAGACGUGCGACAGGACGUUCAGUACCAUGCACGAGAUGGUCACGCAUGUGUCCAUGGAGCACGUCGGCGGCCCCGAGCAAAGCAACCACGUCUGCUUCUGGGAGGACUGCCCGAGGGAGGGCAAGUCCUUUAAGGCCAAGUACAAACUCGUCAACCACAUCCGCGUGCACACGGGCGAGAAGCCGUUCCCGUGCCCGUUCCCUGGAUGUGGGAAAAUAUUCGCCCGGUCGGAAAAUCUGAAAAUCCACAAAAGAACGCACACAGGUGAGAAGCCGUUUAAGUGUGAAUUUGACGGCUGCGACAGACGCUUCGCCAACAGCAGCGACAGGAAAAAGCACAUGCAUGUGCACACGUCAGACAAGCCAUACAUCUGCAAAGUGUGCGACAAGUCCUACACACACCCCAGCUCUCUCAGGAAACACAUGAAGGUACAUGAGUCUCAAGGUUCGGAAUCUUCCCCGGCAGCGAGCUCCGGAUAUGAAUCGGCCACUCCACCGGUGCUGGUCUCAGCCAGCACCGAGGACCCGACAAAAACACCGCCGUCAGCCGUGCAAAACACGCCUGGUCACAGCGAAGGACUGCCGCCCAACUUUAACGAGUGGUAUGUUUGAAGUCGUGAGGAGUGGAGCCUCUCCCUGCAGUUUGGACCAUGAGGACGAACGAGGAGUGACUUAAAAUAAAACCAUUUUCUCUCUCAUACACACUCUUGCGCACGCCCGCACACACACACACACACACGCCAACAAACACACACACAGACGCAUACAUACAAAUGGGACUGGAACAACAACAACAUGGAGAUGAGAGCAAAAGCCAGCACCAAGCAGGCCACGUCCGUUCUCAGGAUCACGGAAAAAUAUGACUUUAUUCCGCAGUUUUAAAACAAAAAUCAUCCACGACUAAAUAAACUUUCUGAUUAUACUUUUUUUUUUGUUUUUAUUUUUAAUCUUUUAGUUUACAGAUUUCAGAAAGCUUGUUUUAUUUUUUUCAUUUUAUGUAUUUUCUCAAUUUUUUAUUUAAGUAAGAAAAAAAAAGUAAUUAAAAAAUGAAAGAUUAUUUCACGCUGUUUUAUAUGACGGUGACGUCGCCUCCUUCGAUUGAUUGUUGAAACUUCAAAAACAGUCUUAAGAAACGUGCCAAAGUCUUUGUCAUGAACUUGAACGCAGAUUUAAAAAAAAAAACUGAAAAUCCUAAAUAAAUAUUAUACUCGUGAAUGUAUUUUUUUCCUUGUUUGAUGGGGUCGCAUCUGUUGUCAACGUCCGUUUUCAGGUGGAGACAUGUGGUAUUAGGUUUACGAUUGUUACCGUUGAAUAUAACGUUGCCUUUUGUUUAUACCGUUGUAAAUACAUAUCCAUGAUGCCAUAUUUAUCGAUUUGUAAUUUAAUUAUGGGUAUAAGUUCUGAAACUUAAAUGAUAUUUAUGAAAAUGUUUUUCUAACAAGAUCUGUACAGUUUUUGGUCAUAACCAGCUUAACAUUGAACAAAUGAUAAACUCUUCUUUAAGCUCCAACAUCGCGAUUGUAUCCUUCUGUUUUCCUCUUCUUAACAGAAAUAGGCCUACAUGUGUCUUAUUUGGACCGAAUAGAAAAAAAAAUCAUCUAUAUGAAUAUUAUGGAUUUGUCUAUAUAUAUUGCAGAUAUUUCAGUCACUUUUAUUUUCCUUAUGAGACCAUUGACAUGUAUAAAAAAACAUUGACUGUCUAGAACUGAGUUCAGUUGAGCUGAAAAGCUACGAAGCGGUUCUUUUUAUAUAUUUGGUUCAGUUUAAACUUUUUUGUGGAUUUUUCUUUUAUAGGAUCAGAAAUAGAUGUCAAAUAUUAGAGGAGAAAGUAAGAUUUUAAAAAAGAAUGAACCCAUCAGCCUAUUGCACUCCUAUAUAUACAGGUCUUAGACGAGUUGUGCGCAGUUCAUGAUUAUCCAAAUCGAGUAUUUUUCAGUAUUCAUUUCAAUUUGAGGGGGUCAAGCACCCGAAAAAAAUACGCCUGUAUGGCAAUCUUUAUAGUUCCAGCAAAUGUCUUUGUGCGAAGUAGCCUCUGUUUAAAUGUCUGCAUCGGCAACAAUUGAACUGUCACGACACAGUAUCUUCAAAAAUAAAAUAAGUUAUGUUUUUUUUGUCUGUCAGCUUGCAUUGUUUUAAAUGUAACUCUUCUGUGAAACUAAAUCGUGUUAUUUGUUGUGGUGUUGCAUAUAGAGCAGUUUUGAUUACACAUUUUUGCUUGUUUUUUUGUGUGAAUAACUUGUCAAGAUGACUUUUUUCUUUUUGUUGUGUUUAACAAAAAAAAAAAAAAAAAUUAGUGGAAGGGAAAUUUGGAGGGAGAACACGUUCAGUGGCGACAAAAAGAGUUACAGCAUUGCAUUGUAACCUAUUCUCAAGAAUUAAAUAUUAUGCAUACACAAAGUAUAUUGUACUCUUACGAGAACAAUUUUCAGACCACCAGCACUACUUUUAAAAAAAUAAAAUGUAAAAAAGUGAAACGGUACCUCUUGACAGUGAUAUAUGAAAUAACUUUAUUUAAAUAAUUUAAGGAGUAUAUGUUUUAUAUGCUAUUUUCUAUACCUUAAUUUAAAAAAGAAGUACAUUUUCUUAUUCCCGUCACCUUCCUGCCCCCAUGUCCAGAGGUCAGAGGAAAAUAUCUGAUGUAUAAAAACACAGCUAGAAUGUGAUGUUGUAACACUUUCUGGGAGGGGGAAAAAAUGGGUCACACUCCGAGUUAUUCCUGAAGAGCAAAACUGUAUCACUGAUGAACUGUGUCACUGUGCCACAUCGAGGCAAACUAUGUUACAACAAGCAGGCCUAUAUGCGCUUAGAGCCUACCUAGAGUCAGACGUUUCCUUGUACUUUUUAGGCUACUGUAUGUUGGUUGGUUUGUUCUGCCAACUAUUUAUGAACAAAUGUGAACGGAAAUUUUGAUUGAAAUUAAAAACAAACAUUAUGAAAAAGCGA